AGUGAAUUCAGAACCUUCUACUGAAAAGCCAUAAUACCCUCAAAAGUAUCUACCCCGUGACAAAGUUCGGCUACCCAUAACAUCGCUGUACUUUUUACCCAAAGUCGUAUUAUUGUGUGAGAAGUUUUCCCAAAGAUAGUUGAAAAAAAAACAAAGAUCACGAACUACAACUGCAAAAGCACAACAGGUCCUCAUUUUGUACGACUAAAACCGCCUGGCUCUGUGCAACACAGGUUUGUCAUCCGACCGCAAAUCUUGUUGUUGCACAGAGCGUGUGUGUACGUACUUUUCGACAGUGAAAAUGUAGAAAUUUGUGGUCUUUUCUGCUGAACAAAUGUCCUCGUCCAACCGGGGCGCAGGAGGAGGCCCGGGAGGUCCCGAUCCUGGUGGUAUCGGGAUGACCAUGCCGGUCGUGAAUAUGCGGACCCGACGGCAGUCGGACCCAAGUGGAACUAGAAGCUCCGGCAUGAGCAACGAAGCAGGUGGUGCAACUGGGACAGUCGGCGAGCAUAUUAUGGAUGGAGGUCUAGUCCCGAAGAAGACGCGGCUCGCUGCAUCUGCCACGAAGGAGAGGACAGGGAUCAGGUCGAGUAAUAAGGAGAGGAACAACUACCGGGACAAGAAUGCGGGACUGGGAGGUGUUGGAACAGGAACAGCUACAAAGGACCAUAGCGCCGCGGCGAGCACUUCUAAAACCGCCGAUCACGAUGGCGCGGUCGGGGGAACUACAAGUCGUACUACCACGACAGGCAAGAGCGCAAACAAUAAAUCCUCAACGUCGAAAAAGAAGAAGACCGGGGGCAAUAAGAAUGCCAAUAUCCGCGAUUCUUUGGAGAGCACAGGGUCUCACGCUUCGGCGAAGUCGACGACAAGUGAUCAGGGAACAUCAUCAGCUAAAAACUCCUCCUCCUCCUCGUCCUUCUCCCGCAACGCCGCCACGGCGGCCUGGCAGAGUUCUGUGGAGAACAUCCAGAAGUGGCAGCACCACGGGACCGCGAGGGCGUUGUCGGCGGUGCGGGUUUUCGUGUUCUGUUUCUUCGCGAGCAUUUCGAUCUUCAUCACGCUCGGGUUUAUCUACAUGACGCUCUUCACCAGUUUCUUACUCGCGACGUUGCUCAUGGGGUUAAUUUACCUGUUCGCCGAGGAGACCACGAUCGCGAUUGUAGCGCGGCAGAUGGAAGACUCCCGGAACAAAAAGCGGCGGCAUUUCUUGCGGUUUCUAAGACGGGCGUUGCUGUCCAUGAAGGACUUUCGGUCGACACUGGACGAGGGACCGCAGAUUGCACUCGGCGUCAUGAUAUGCACUGCAAAAGUAUCGUACUCGUACGAGUUGCAGUUAUGCAUUACAAAUUUCUUUUUCAAGCUAUAUCAGCAUGACAAAUUCCAUUUGUCAUGCUGAGCUAAUUUGUAUUGCAAUACUACGAGUGCGAUACUUUUGCAGUGCAUACAUAAUACUGGUAUCUAUGUAUGAGUAUUGAAGUAGAAACAUCAUGAUGAUCAGUUGAAGGUUGAUUCUGUCAUGCAAUAGAGCGAACAUUCAUGUCAUUCCCAACGGAAGAAACUACCAAAACUCUUUGAUACACGCGUAGUCAGUGUUGUGAUUGUGAACAUCAUUGUGGAUAAUCCAGGUAACCUUCUUCGUGCCGCCGGACUCGCCGAUUAA